UUAUCAUUUCUAUUGUUGUAGAUGUCGCGCUCUCGAACGCAAGCACGUACUUUUAUAGCGUGCUCGCGUGGCCGUGGCUUAACGGCGUGUACCAAGCGCGUCUUUACAUAAACGCGAGCUCGAGUCCACACUGGCCGUCGCCAAAUUAGCUGCUGCCCGUAGACGGUGACGAGUCCACUGCCAUUCACGCAAAUAUCGCAAAAGUAAUGAUUAAAGCAUGUUCACGCUUAGCACGACGCUAGCCGUGUGCAGUUAAUUCAGAAAUGAUUGGCCCAUAAUCAACGUCGUGGUGUCUUUUCAGGAGGUUGCAGUGCACCAGCGAGCCAACUGACGGACGAGUUGGAGCGAGUUGGAGCUGCCGCAUCGCAUAUGUCGACGCGGGUGCACAACCCGUUCGACAGUGACCGUGGGCGCCACGUGUUUACUGUUGGAUCGCAAGUCACCCCGAGUGUCGUCUCGCUGCUCCAACCGAUGCAAGUGGAGUCGCUGGAACAGUCCGGUGAUAACUUAUAUCAGUGGGAUUCGCCAGCAAGCCCUGUUGAUGACAGCAGCCAGGACACACAAAAUAGAGCAGCCACAGCUGAGAUGACAGCAGGACCAGUCGACCCGCAGCCAGUUGCCCCGCAGCUGCCUUCCGCAUUACCGUCUGCACCGUCAGAGGCUACCCCGCGAGGCUCGAUUUCUGUUGUACAACGCAGAAUGCUUGCAACGAAGAGGGCAGCCCUUGAAGAAGAGCUCAGUGCCCGUAUUCAAGGCGUUGAAGAGGACAGCAAGCGGAAGAAGCGGGAGCACGUACUAAAGGUGAAACUAAUGCUUGCGGAACAUGCGCUUCACAUGAAGCAAUCGGAGCAGCUACACGAGCUGGAGUGUGCGACCACGAAAGCGAAGCUGGAGCUUCUCCAGCUGAAAAUAGCUGCAGUGAAAAAAGGCAGUGAAUAAAAUGGGACAAAAUCUUUUAUUUUGUAUAUGCAUUGUGUUUUGCUCUGCAACAUUUUAGGAAAAAUAUUGCUGAAUAAUACGUGCUCGUGUUCUGAAGCCACUCGCUGAGUCAACGAGCUGUGGUCCUUGAGCUUGUGAAGCUGGGGAGGUUUGCUGAAUGUUGCAUGGGUCAGGAGGCAGUUCAUCACUUUGACGGUUCCGGCCAAAGUUGUGUAGAGCUGCACACGCCGUGACGACAAUGGCAGAUGUUUUCGUUUCUAUUUGUAAUUUCAUAUCAAGGCAUGGGAAUCUUCUUUUCCAGAUGCCGAAAGCCCUUUCGACGGUGUUCCGUGUCCGGAUUUGAGACUUCUUAUACCUGAAUAAAAAGAUGUUGCAUA